AUGCCGCUGCAAGUUGCCGUGGAGAUUCCGCCCGAGGACGGCAUUCUUGUGACCGAAGAUAUCCUUGCAAUGGAGGUGCACCAGGAAUUUGACAAACUGCGUUACUCCGGUGUGCCGCGGACUCUCGGUUGCUCCGUCUCUGUGGUACGCCUGCAACAUUUCCUGCAGCAGCGCUACCCUAUUGCGUAUGAAUACGUGAUCCGUGGACCUUUCUGGGGUGGAAAGUGGCACCGUUUUCUCGAAGCCAAGGUGGGACUGUGCUGUUUCUUUUAUAAGGUAUGCGACUACGUCUCUGCGAAGGGAUUGGAAGCACACAUUCCGCCAAAUGAGCUGCGCUGCCGCCGGAAGGGGGAAACCGCGUCCAGUGUGCGGCAAGCGGACAGUGAGGUUGGCUUGCUCUUGUGGGGACGUCUGCUUCGGCGCGAUGCCAUGCACCACUGGUGUUAUGCGGUGGCGAUGGCAGCCAUUGCGGAUAACGGCGUGGUGAACACGAGGCCGCCCUGGCGCAAACCUCUCGCCGUCCCCUUCCUAACGGAGUACCUGAGGCAGAUUUCCUGUAGAGCGACAAUUGGCAGCUCGAAAGAUCGGCUUCGCCGCCAUGCGAUUCGUGAUAUUGCUGAUGUGCUUUUAGAAGAAGACACAAUCGCGCGGCACAUCAGCCUUUCAAGGCUCUGUCGCUCCGUUGGGCAGUGCGUUGGGACGUGGGGUCCAGAGACGUUUGCGACGAAAUGGGACCAGCAGCACCCUCUCCCUGAGAUCUUGGGGUGA